UCAUUUCAAAUCGGAAUAAUUUGUUAUUUACUCUGUUCUUUUUCAUCUGUAGAUUAAACAUUGAUUUUCUUCUAAAAAACAACCAUCUCGUUCAGGGAGGUGACGACCGCUAAAACAAGUUGGGAUAUCAUUAACAUCAUCUUCGCCGCAAAAUCAAGAAAUAUUACAAAGUAACUAAACAACAUGGACAAGAAACGGCCAACGAAUGAGGAGAUCAAAGCUCUGCCAAACGCUAGUUCAGAUUCUGUACAAGCGGCGGAAGCAAAUAGUAUCGGUGGAGAUCAAGAGGAAAGCAGGGGAAGGCGGUGGUGGCGGUGGUACAAUAAGUGUAAAUACAGAAACUAUAGCCUACAUGUUAACCUAUGGUCUCAGUGCUGCUGCAAGCACAAGAGUUUCUAAUGAAUUAGGAGCAGGCAAUCCGAACAGAGCUAAAGGAGCCAUGGCUGUGACUCUCAAGCUCUCUCUCUCUCUUGCCCUCAUAGUUGUUUUGGCUCUAGCAUUUGGUCACAAUGUUUGGGCUGCUUUGUUUAGUGACAGCCAUGCAAUAAUAAAGGAAUUUGCUUCAAUGGCAUCAUUUCUUGCAGUUUCUAUCAAAUUUGAUUCCAUUCAAGGCGUCUUAUCAGGAGUGGCGAGAGGAUGUGGUUGGCAGCACUUAGCUGCGUAUGGUAACCUGGCAACAUUUUAUUUCAUUGGCAUGCCUAUCUCUUGUGUUCUUGGUUUUAAGUUGAAGCUUUAUGUCAAAGGGUUUAUGGAUUGGCUUAAUCUGUGGUCUCUUUUGCCAAACUGCUACUCUAUCGUUGAUCACAAUCAGAGCAAAAUGGACUCAAAGAAUUUCUAUAAGAGAUGAAGAAAACCCUAUUGUAAUUUAAUAAAAAUUUCCAUUUAGUGCUAUUAAGUGAGAGUAUUCCCUCUCGAAGUAGGUAGGUUCUGAUACCAUAUUAUAAAAUAGAGCGGUUCUAGCUCCAAUUUUAAAAGCUAGAUCAAUAGGAAAUUGUCGAAGUCUUAUAUUUAAAAUAAUGAUUUUAUCUCAAAUCAAUAUGGAAUGACAGUUUGUGAUUUCUAUUGCGUGCGCCCACUCGAGAGAGAGAGUAAGAGCCACAGAAACUAGUAUUCAUUAAUAAAAUUGAGAGAUAAAAGUAAUUAGACUCAUUUACGUCUAAAUUAUAAAUGUUUAGAAUCUAUGUUAUGCAAGAAGACAUUGUUUUUGCUAAUUUGAACUCCAGAGAAACCUUUCAUUUUAAUCUCUUAUCACAUUUUGUUUUGCAAAGCAACCUUCCCUAUCAAAUGAGACACAUUAAUUUUUGAAACUCAAAUCGAAAUUAUUUUCAAUUAUAAUUCUAUUUAUAAUUUGAUGUUGACAUUUCAUCACAAUUUUGUUUUAUUUCACUGGGA